AUCCCUUCGAGUACUUCUUGAUCACAUACUCUACAUCUUCCUAUCCUAUAAAUUAAAUUGUCAUGCCUAACAUAAAACUAGCUACCUAUUUCACAACCCAACACCACCCAUAUUUAUCUCAGUCUCUUUAUUCCAAAGAAGAAAUUAAAAAUGGGAGGAGUUUUGGUUAUGAAAUUGGUUUUGAUAUACUCAUUAGUUUUAAAUUUCAUGUCCAUUUUCUGUUGUAGCUCCAUGCAAUUGAACCAUCCGAGACUCGAAGGGAAUGAGACGGAUAGGCUGGCAUUGCUAGCAAUCAAAGCUCAGAUACAACACGAUCCGAAACGGGUCACAAGCUCAUGGAAUGAAACCCUUCACUUUUGCCUGUGGCACGGCGUCACCUGCAGUCGACGACAUCGCCAAAGGGUGACGAAGCUGGAGCUGGGGUCUUUAGAGUUGGUGGGAUCCAUAUCUCCAUACAUAGGAAAUCUAAGCUUCUUAAGAGAGGUAACUCUUGAGAACAAUAGCUUCACUCAUCAAAUCCCUCCUCAAAUUGGGCAUUUGCACAGACUGCAGGUAUUGUUUCUACACAAUAACUCAUUGACUGGCACCAUACCUGCCAAUAUAUCCAAUUGCUUCAAACUCAUCACUCUCCGUCUUGAUAGAAACAAUCUAGUGGGUAAAAUUCCUCCCAUACUGAGUUCCUUGUCAAAGCUUCAAAAUCUAAUUAUCCAAUACAACAAUUUAACUGGAGCGAUCCCUCCUUCUUUGGGGAACCUUUCAUCUCUAGAGAAAUUUGCUAUAGCUGAAAAUAACUUACAAGGAAGCAUCCCUAGUUCUCUAUGCCAGUUGAAAAGAUUAACCGGUAUCUAUUUCGAGUCAAUUGGGUUAUCUGGUAUCAUCCCUUCCUGCAUUUACAACCUCUCUGGUAUAGUUAUUUUCGCCGUAUCAGAAAACCAAAUUCACGGAAGUCUUCCAUCAAACUUGGGCAAUGCUUUCCCCAACCUUCAAUUCUUUUCCAUUGCCGACAAUCAAUUUACUGGGGCCAUCCCGUCCUCAAUAUCCAAGGCAACAAAUCUUGUGUGGUUUCAAUGUCCAUUAAACAAACUCUCUGGACAGGUGCCAAAUUUACAAAAUCUUCAUAACCUUAGAGUAUUCAAUGUCGAUGGUAAUAAUCUUGGAAGCAGUAAAGAUGGUGACUUGAGUUUUGUCUUAGACUUGAUCAAUGCCACACAGCUAAUUGAAUUGGUGUUCCCAAACAACAAUUUUGGAGGCACGUUGCCCACAUCAAUAUCCAAUCUCUCAAUCAAUCUCCAAGUGCUUAUAAUUGGAGACAACCACUUACAUGGAAGCAUGCCAACUGGAUUAGGGAAUCUUGUCAACCUGCAAUUACUCGGUAUGGAAGGAAACUCCUUCACAGGUAGCAUCCCCACAAGCACUGGCCAGCUUUCAAGGCUUGGGCUAUUGUUUCUUGACAACAAUAAAUUAUCGGGGAGCAUUCCAUCUUCUCUUGGAAAUUUAACAUUGUUAACAAUUCUCCAAUUGCAAGAAAAUAAUCUAGAGGGUAGCAUCCCGUCUAGCCUAGCGAAAUGCCAGUGGUUAAACAAAUUGGGUCUUUCUGGAAACAAUCUGAAUGGCACAAUACCGCCCCAAGUUAUUGGCCUCUCAUCCAUAUCAACAAUUUUGGGAUUGGAUAGAAACCAAUUCACUGGUUCCCUUCCUAUGGAAAUUGGAAAAUUGAAGAAUCUAGGUCAACUAGACAUUUCUAACAACUUGUUAUCAGGAGAACUUCCCAGUAGCCUUGGUAGUUGUGAGAGCUUAGAAGUCCUACACUUGCAAGGCAACUUCUUCAACGGGCCCAUCCCUUCAUCUAUGCAGGAAUUGAAAGGGAUUCGAGAUUUAGACAUUUCUCGCAACAAUUUGUCAGGAGAUAUUCCACAGUUUUUCGAGCGCUUUGGAAACUUAGAGAAUCUGAACCUAUCCUUCAAUCAGUUUUGGGGAGCAGUACCAACUGGCGGUGUUUUUAAGAAUGCAAGUACGACUUCAGUUGCUGGAAAUGCUAGACUCUGCGGAGGUAUGGCUAGUCUUCGACUUCCUCUGUGCAAGCUUAAUGAGUCUAAAGGAGAAGGCUUGUCUCGUAGAAUGAAACUAAUGAUCUCUUUAGUCUCCGGGUUCAGCCUUUUAGGACUGGUUGUGGUGCUGUCUCUUUUUCUUCUUGGUAAGAAAAGGAAAAAAACUGAUUUAACCACUUUCGGGAACUCUGUUUUGCAAGUUUCAUAUGCUACACUCCUCAGAGCUACCGAUGGUUUUUCUUUAGCUAAUUUGAUCGGUGUGGGUGCUUUUGGGUCUGUGUACAAAGGAAUUCUUGCUGAUGAUAGAGUUGUUGUCGCUGUGAAGGUGCUUAACAUGUUACACAAGGGAGCAUCUAAGAGUUUCAUGACCGAAUGUGAGGCAUUGAGAAAUAUCAGACAUCGAAAUUUGGUCAAGAUUUUAACUGCAUGUUCAAGUAUUGAUUUUGGCGGCAAUGAUUUCAAGGCUCUUGUUUAUGAGUUCAUGGACAACGGGAGCUUGGAAGAAUGGUUGCAUCCAUCUAUUGGAACUGGAGAGGUAACAGGAGCACCCAAAAUUUUAAGUCUUAUUCAGAGGCUCAACAUUGCCAUUGAUGUUGCUAGUGCAUUGGAUUAUCUUCACAACCAUUGUGAAACACCGAUCGUUCAUUGUGAUCUCAAGCCAAGUAAUGUUCUCUUGGAUGGUGACCUGACUGGACAUGUUUCGGACUUUGGGUUGUCAAGGUUUCUCUCAGAACCAACCAGGAGUGUUUCUGGAAAUCAAUCAAGCUCCAUUGGAAUUAGAGGAUCAGUUGGUUAUGUUGCACCAGAAUAUGGUAUGGGAAGUGAGGUAUCCACAUACGGGGAUGUCUACAGCUUUGGCAUUCUCUUGUUAGAAAUGUUUACAGGGAAGCGACCCAUUGAUCACAUGUUCAGUGACAGCUUGAAUCUUCAUAAUUAUGUGAAGACAGCUCUCCCUGAACUGGUUUCAGAGAUUUCAGAAUCACUAGUUCUUCAAGAAAGCACCACCAAUGUCGUUGAAGCUCACAGGCGCAGCCGAUUGAGUGUGAGAGCACUGAAAAUUGAAGAGUGCCUGACUCUGAUACUUGGUAUAGGAAUUGCAUGUUCUGUUGAAUCCCCCACAAACAGAAAGACUAUCAGUGAUGUUGCAUCUGAAUUGCAAUCCAUUAGGCGCAAUCUUCUCAACUAGAACCUUUCAAAUUAUUAUGUUUUGUGAUGACUAAUAAAUUGUUGUAUGGUUCUUUUAUUCUGAUCUGUUUUGUUUUUGAAUUCUCUGGAGUCCCGUUGCUACCAUAAUGGUUCUUGAAAUUUGCAUGUUAAUGUACUAAAAUGAAUAAAGAAGAGUACUAAUACUUAUUGUGUAAAUUUGUAUCCUAAAUCGAAACACGUACAUGAUCUCAUUCGGAUCAAUGAAUCAAGCUGGAGCUGUCAUGAGCUUGAUCAGUUGUACUGCAACAUCCCGACAUUCGUUUGGAUGUGUUGUGAUUUUGUACUUUUACCAAGUGAGCAUGAAAUUGAUAUUAAGCAUGUA